AUGACAAUAAUCAUCUUAACCUUAAAAGAACUCAUUUUUCAAUAAGCCAUCAUCAAUAUCUCCUCUCUUAAAUAUGAUUUUUCAUCUCGCAUUAGGGGAUCAUUUUUGAGACCAUCCCAUUUCUACUCCGCCAUUUUUAUAAUUAUUCACUCCAAAACCAGUUAGAGAUCAAUUUACAAACCAUAAACAAUUCUAUCAUUAUAUUUAUGUCAAUUAAGUUUUCAAAGUGAUUUAAAUAUUUUCUAUCAAUUAAGGUUCUUCAUUCAAACACAUUCUUAUCCCAUCCUUAUACUAUCAACUAUUUUAAUAUUCUUUUCAAUAAACUUUAUAUUCUAUGUUAACAAUCAAGGCUAAAAUUAAUCACAUUAGGUGAAAUUAGAUCACCUCUUUUCCUCGUCUACAAAUCUUUAUACCAAUCCUAUAUUGUUUACCUUCUUUAAAAUGGCCUUGAUAGAGUUACCCGUUUUAAUAUGA